AUGAAAUUAUUCUAUGUAUUAGCAUCUGCAUUGGUGCCAAGCAUUUUGGCGGAAUCCAGUGAGACAAAUGAAUCGAAAGCCGCAUCAAAUAAUUUCUGUGAGAUCAAUAAAGAUGAGGUUGUAGGUGCUACAUGUGAUGUAACAUUCAAAGAAAUAAACGAGAUAAAUCACCAUAUCAGACCUGAACUGCUAGCACUUGUGCACAGUGACUUUUUUAAGUACUUCAAGCUUGAUCUUUACAAGCAGUGUCCGUUCUGGAAUGAUAAUAAUGGGUACUGUGUGAAUAGAGCUUGUGCCGUGGACGUCAUCGAGGAUUGGGAUAAUGUGCCAGAGUAUUGGCAGCCUGAGGCUUUAGGAAGUCUUCAAAAUGAAAGCUUCAGUGCCGAAGAUGACAACGAGUGUUCCUUCCUUGAUGAACUAUGCGAUCAACAACAAAAAAAUGGAAUUAUAAAGCAGGAUGUGGAGUAUUGUGAUGUUGAGGAUUUUCAUAACAAGGACUCUGUGUUAGUUGAUUUGACAGCUAACCCUGAAAGAUUUACGGGUUACGGCGGGGAGCAGUCAUCUCAGAUUUGGUCGAGCAUAUACAAAGAAAACUGCUUUUCUUCAGAUCAGGCCCAGAAUUGUCUCGCAAAAGGAGCAUUCUAUCGACUUGUUUCAGGACUUCACGCUUCAAUUGGUACGCACUUAUCGAACGAUCAUUUGAACACGGAAACAGGAAAAUGGGGUCCUAAUCUUGAUCUAUUCAUGGCGAGAGUUGGAAAUUUCCCUGACCGUGUCGCUAAUAUUUAUUUCAACUACGCCGUUGUGGCGAAAGCUCUGUGGAAAAUUCAGCCAUAUCUUUCACAUUUAGAGUUUUGCAAUGCAUAUCAUGAAGAUGUAAAGUCUAUGAUUAAUGACGUUGUUUCUCAUUUGGACUCCAAAAUAUUCAAUGAAGAUCUACUUUUCCAUGAUGAUGUGAGCUCAAAAUUAAAGGAUGACUUUCGCUCUAGGUUUAAGAAUGUUACUAAAAUAAUGGACUGCGUCCAUUGUGAUAGGUGCAGAUUAUGGGGUAAAGUUCAAACUACCGGAUAUGCUACUAGUUUGAAAAUUCUUUUCGAAAUUGAUUCACAAGAUGAAAGUGGAAGACAAGCAGUUGUCGAUAAAUUAACGAAGUAUGAGCUCAUCGCAUUGUUCAACACUUUUGACAGACUUUCCAAGUCUAUUGAGUCUAUAAACAAUUUUGAGAAACUUUACAACGAAAGGGUAACUAGCCUAGGUGGUAAAAUUGCCUCACUGUUCAGAAGGGAUAAUUUCUUCAGGCUCUUCAGUGGUGCAGGGGAAAAACUGAGCUCGUCAUUAAGUAGUUUCACAUCCAGUCUGUCAGUGGAAGAGACGACUCAGACGGCAAAGUUUAACGAUUUGAGAUUACCAACAAAGGCGAAACCAGAAAGUGCUGCAGAAAAAGGAGCGUUCAAAAAGGCUUGGGAAACGGAAAUCAAUAAUGUUAUGGAGGCCUUGAGGUUCAUUUUUCGAAGUUACUGGGAUUUGCCGAAGAACAUUUUCAUGAUCGUACUCUCCAAAAUCAAUGGGUUAUGGAAUAAGUUUAUUGGCGUUCCUGAUUAUGUUAGGGAGCAACCUUCGAACAACAAUGUCUAUCGGUUGGAUAUCCAUUGA